AUCCCCCCGCCACUCUAUAAACAGGUUGGGGGGAAGUAUCCACAGCAGUUAGCAGUUUGGAGCAGUCACUCUGUCCGUGGCUUUUUUGAGUUGUUUUUUUAACGUUUCGUUUUUCUUUGUAGGUUUUAAUCUUUGUUAACUUUUUGUUUAGUAGAAAAUUCAAAGUAUCAUUUUAAUUGAGACUUUUUAAAUUUCACAGAGUCUCCAGUAACAUUUUGGAGAACCUCCAAUCUGCAGAUUAAGCUGUGAUCUGUCUUCUGUACUUUGUCCCCCUUGAUUCACACAUAACCCGCAAUCAUGUGGGAAUUCCGCUCCUUCUCCUUCUGGAGAGCAGUGUUUGCAGAAUUCUUUGCCACCAUGUUCUACGUUUUUUUUGGUUUAGGUGCGUCUCUCAAGUGGGCAGCUGGUCCAACUAAUGUCCUGCACAUCGCGUUAGCCUUUGGUCUUGCUUUGGCCACUAUGGUCCAGUCUGUUGGCCACAUCAGUGGUGCCCACAUUAACCCAGCUGUCACCUUUGCUUUCCUCAUCGGCUCACAGAUGUCUCUGUUCCGUGCCAUUUUUUACAUCGCAGCACAACUGCUGGGCGCAGUGGCCGGAGCUGCAGUACUGUAUGGCGUCACCCCUGCAGCAAUUCGAGGCAACAUGGCUCUCAACACGCUCCAUCCUGGUGUGAGUAUCGGCCAAGCAACUACAGUGGAGAUCUUCCUGACCUUGCAGUUUGUACUUUGUAUCUUUGCCACUUAUGAUGAGAGGAGGAAUGGACGCCUGGGUUCUGUGGCUCUGGCAAUUGGAUUCUCCCUCACUCUUGGUCACCUCUUUGGGAUGUAUUACACUGGAGCCAGCAUGAACCCUGCUCGAUCAUUUGCUCCAGCAGUACUCACAAGGAAUUUCACCAACCAUUGGGUCUACUGGGUUGGUCCAAUCAUCGGUGGAGCGCUUGGGGGUCUGGUGUAUGACUUUAUUCUUUUUCCCAGGAUGAGAGGCCUGUCUGAGAGACUUUCAAUCCUGAAAGGGGCCCGGCCCGCAGAGCCUGAGGGACAGCAAGAAGCAACAGGAGAACCUAUAGAGUUGAAAACACAAUCUCUAUAAACACCUAGUAGCAAACACACACACACAAUUUUGGCCUAGUUAGCGUUAUAUCCGUCAUGGGAAGUGUGUUGGGGAGGGGUUGGUUGGGUUAUACUUUGAAAGACGUUCCUUUUCUUACCAUGCUGUUGGUAUUGUGUUAAAGUAGAGGCAGAAGGAACAGUAAAUGUGCUUGACCUUUCAUCGGAGUGGAGGUGGAGGCAAAAGGAUGCAAGAAGGUUUGACUGGGCCACACACCCUAUGGGCCAAAUAUACAUAUAUAUAUAUAUUUCACGGGAAGAUCUUUACUGAUUCUAGCAAUAAAGGGAUUCAUCUUCCCUGACAGGAAAAUGUAACCUUUAUAUGGGCACAAGAAUACAAUGCAGUUGCUAAGUGCAUUUUUCUUUUGCCAGCAAAUAUCAUCAAAUUAAUUGAAAAAGAAAGCCACAGUAUGUUGCCUAUCAAACUUUCAGCCCACCCUCCUAUCUGCUCCUCUGAUGCUGCUGUACAUCUCAAACACAAUAUUUUCUUUUUACUGCGUUUCAUUUUUUGCUGGUUUAAGAAAAUGUUUUCCUUUUUUUGUGUUUUUUUUAAGAAGGGUGGAAGAAAUAAAUGGGCCAAAAACCCUG